AAAAAAUGGAAACACUCGAUCGACGACCCUUAACAAGGCGAGUGUUGGCUAUAGACUCUUCAACCUCAAGGAAGGAACGCCUGAGGUUUAUGGGACGUGCCACAUUGGUGCUGUUUUUGUGCUACGUAGUAACCCAGUUUCUUUUGCUAGUCAUCUCCGAAUCCCGCCCUUUUGUCUCAUCCAGAAAAGACACAUAUGCUGUUAAUUCAGGGGUAUCCACGAAGAGUUCCUAUCGGUUGCACUUCAAAGACUGUGAAGUAUUUCAGCGUCUCAUCAAAGCCAGCGCUGAACAGCACUCAAGAGUUUUUGCACCUGAGACUGUGGAAGGCAGUGAUGGAGGCGAGGAGGACAUUUCAUUACAACUAGAAUAUCAGCGCUCACAGGAGACAUCUGCCUCCGGAUGCCAAGAAGAGCCCAUGCUUAACUUUAGAGGCAAUAGGGGAGCCAGUGGCAGGAAUGAAGGUGGAGGUGAAGAAGAAGAGGGAAGAGAUGGAAGUAGAGGGAAUGGGAGUGGCAGACGUGGAGGCAGAGGAGGAGGGGGAGACGGGGGAGACGGCGGAGGAGGAGGAGGGAGAGGUGGAGGUGGAGGUGGAGGGGGAGGCGGAGAUGGAGAGGGAAGUGACUUGGAAAGCAGAGGUGGAGACAAGAAGAAAUUGAGACCUACUCUAGACGUAUUAAAACUUGCAAUAAUGUCCAUCGCUAUCACAGCACAAACAUCUGGUUCGGCUAUUGCCUUGAAAGUUGGUGGCCAAACUUUCUUGACUAAGCUUCUCCUAGUUUUGGUGAUGAUAAUUAACCUGGUAGGUUACCUCUGUAGCAUGAUCUCUGUCUUGCUAAUGCAUACGAGGCCACGAGUUGCUCGUGUAUCGGGAGUGAUAGGAUGUGCUGCUACUGCCUUGGGGUUCCUAACAUUGAUUGUUACGUUCAUCCACGAGUUGUACAACGGAGAAUGA